AGAUGAAAAGGCACCCCUUUAUAUCCACCCAGCUGCCAUGCACUUUUGUGAUGGCACAGGUAGACUGUAGGCAAUGGCAAUAGCUGGAGAUGCAUCACAAUUUUGUCAGACCUCACAGUUGUGGUUGCCCCUCAGCAGUGAGUGAGUGAGUGAAUUAUUUAUUUAUUGAAUUUAUAUACCGCCCUAUACCUUUGGGUUCUUGUUUAUUAUUAGAAAUAUUUAUAGACCACCUGAAUAAGAAAUAUGGAUUUCAUAAUUAGAACACGUGUGUAAUACAAAUGUAUAAAAGCUAUAAUUACCCAUUUUCUGAGUACAGCUGGUGAGUCUGGUGGGACCCACUUGACUUGUGGGCUGUGGGUGUCCUACCCCUGCCAUAAAAACCCAAGUGGUAUAUCCAACAUUAGUUGCAUUCGGAGUAGUCUUAUUGCGUCAGUAGUCUUAGUAACUUUAAUUUAUUUUGAUGGGUUUACUCAGAGUGUGAAAUAUUUGGAUAUCACUCCAAUUAUUAAAAGCACCAGCAGACAAAGAUGUUAAAAGAAAAGAUGACAAAAAUACUAGUUUCACAUUAACCCCCCCCCCCUGAAAAGUCUGAGAGCAUUUCCUAUUCAGGUGUAUAUAAGUAUGAUCAAUAUCAGUAAAUUAACUACUAUUCCACUUUACGCAUGACGUACGAUUAUUUCUGGUGUCAGUAUUCCCUCCUCCCCAUCCUCCAUUGGCAGGUGAGAGCUGUUCAUAGAAAUCAAUGGAUAAAUCUGGAAUUUUAGUGCGCCUAUAAUCACCUAAAACAAAAGGUGGUAGCAAAAGGUUGUGCUCUCUAACUUGGGCCUUGUUACAUUUUAAAAAAAUGUUUGUUUAUAUUUACCAUACUUCUCCAUUAAAACAUGCUCAAAGCAUGGUUAGAAAGUCCUCAGGUACAGUGGCAGAGGAUGGGCACCUGCUUUCCCCAUUUUGGUUUAACCAAUUUCCUCCCUUCCAAAAGCUUUCUUUUAAAAAAAACAACCUGCCAUGAAAAAAAUGAAGUUUUAAAGCCUUUUCCAGGAAAGCGAAGAGAGAAAAGAAGGGAUUAUUGGAGGCAAGCUGAGGGGGGUUCACCCAUCACUGAGAAAUCCAUGUAAGAGCUGGUGAUAAGUAUUAUAUAUGAAACUGUGUGCUUUCACUGAGAGCCCAGAGAUUUCAUGCCCCCUUGCAGCUUAUGCCCAAGCUCACCUCUUUGUCCUCAUGCCCCAUAAUAGUAACAGUAGGCAUUUUUCUGCAACACUUAUUGUAAAUGCCUCAAUUAAGCAAUUUCUCUACAGUUCAUUGAACAGCUUCUGGAAAGAGCUCAAAGGAGUCUCUGUAUGCAACGUCUCCUUCGUCUCUUUGGUCUCCUCCAGCCAGCUGUGAUCAGCCUUCCACAAGGCGCCACAGAUGGCCAAAGCCCUGUGUCCUUUCAAAAGAAGUCCUGAGCUUGGAGUGUCUCAGGCAGGGAAAACAGGCCAUAGCGGAGCGCAAAUACUAUCUCCUUAGGACAGAAAGCUGUUUGAUGCUUUCUGGUUCACUGCAAGCUGGGGACAUGUGCCUUCUGGUCUCAUAAAAGCCCCACUAAUAUUGUCAGCAUUGCCAGAUUAUCACUUUGCAUUCUUUGGCCUUGUUGAUACAUAAUUCUAAACCGUGCUUUAUGAAACCAUGUCUUAGCGUUAUGUCUGAACCCAAUCUAUAUUUUGUGAUUGCAUUUUUGGAGGUAAUUGUAUUUUUAAAAAACUACUUUUAAUGGUUUUAUUUGAUCAUCUGCGGAAGCAGACAAACAUUGGCUCCCUCGGCCUGUAAAGCGAGAUGAGCGCCACAACCCCAGAGUCGUCUGCGACUGGACUUAACUGCCAGGGGUCCCUUUACCUUUAAUACAGCUUGUGGUUAACUUGUAUGUGAAUCCUUAGCUUUCAACUGCAAAAACCUCCCUCCCACCCAAUAAUAAUAAUAAUAAUAAUAAUAAUAAUAAUUAUACCCCACCCACUCUAGGUGGCUUCCAGGGCAUAUAAAAACAUAAUAACAUAUUAGACAUUAAAAACUACCUGAUACAGAGCUGCCGCUUUUCUUGGAGAGAAGCCCCACAAUACACUUCACCUCAGGAAAGUGCCUGGGAGCAGCACUUCAUUUAUUUAAAAUAUUUAUUGCCCGCUCUUUUUCCCCAAGAACAGACCCAGAGAGGGUUAUAUCAAAAGUUAAAAUGCAGCAUAUAUUUCUCCCUUCUGUUUUAUUAUAUAUCACAUCAUUCUCCAUAAAAAUGAAAGCAACAACCACAGUCGGGCAUUAAUGUACAGCAAAUGCAGGAAGGAAACGGUGCCUCUUCAGCUGAUGCCUAAAACACAUAUGGGUCGGUGCCAGUGGUAUAAAUAGUGUAACCUGGUUUAACCCCUUAAUCUAUUUUAAGGGAUGAAGGAUUCCUGCUUCUUCCGCUCUUUACUUCCCCACCACUCCCCACAGUAAUCUUUAUGGUCAUCUGCCCUCCUUGCUUCCACCACCAGCAGUUGCCAGUGGAUGGAAGAAGCCCAUAAUCCCAUUGGACAAACUGAGGACGAAAAUGGGAAGGAAGCCCCUUGCCCCCACAAUGAGGAGCUGCUGCUGUGGUGAAGGUUGGGGCACUUAUAGACUGACCUCCUGCAUUUCUUUGUUUUGGACAAAGUGGGGCAUAGAUCUGCAUAGCAUUUGGACAUGCUAAGUUAUAUGUAGAGGUGAAAAUUUGAGAUCCCAUUGCCCAUUUAUAUGUAUCUCAUAUUAGGACAAUGACCCAAGAACCGGCAUAUUCUGCCAUUGUCCCUGCAUCAUGCCCUUCCUUUUGCCAUACACAAAGCAUCAUCCACCACUUGAUGUCUUGUAAAGGAAGUUUCUUUUUCGCCCAGGCUUUCCCUGACCCAGAAGACUGGACGCUGUUAUGACUGUAUUCCUGUUUUUAAUUGAAUAGCGCUUUGCUGGUUUUUAUGUUGUAUUUUAACGAUACUCUUUUAUUGCUGGUAUUUUUUUUAACAACCCUUCAGAGAUUUUUUUCAAAUAUCAAGCAGUUUAGAAAUGCUUUCAAACAAAUAAACAUUUAAUUUAAAGGGAACUCUUGGCCAUAGUGUGGAAGACCUGUGACCAGUUGACCUGGAUGCCUGCUCAGUCUGUGGUCCAGGGGCUAUUGGCUGAUAAGCAGUUUCGCCUUCCCUUCCUCUGGCUCUUUUUAUGUAAACCAAACCUGGACCAGACAAUCCUUCAAAUAGAGGACUGCUCCCUGUAAAAUAGGACACAUAGCAGUUGUGGUGGGUGGUGAUGGGGUACUUGAACUCUUCUUUGCUCAGCAAACCCCUGCUGUCCGGACUGAUGUAAAAACAGCAGUAAAGUGAAAGGGCCAUGUAAUCUCUCCAGCCUUUCCGCAUCUUCUCCCACUGAUGGCAACUCUGGUACUUUCUCCUGUGCUACCCAAGUUAGUGCUGCACUGAACAACCCAGAAUUCUUGUGUAUUUGCAUAAAUGGUAAAGGGACCCCUGACCGUUAAGUCCAGUCACGGAUGACUCUGGGGUUGCGGCACUCAUCUCGCUUUAUUGGCCGAAGGAGCUGGCAUUUGUCCGCAGACAGCUUCCGAGUCAUGUGGCCAGCAUGACUAAGCCACUUCUGGCGAACCAGAGCAGCGCACGGAAACGCCGUUUACCUUUCCACCGGAGCAGUACCUAUUUAUCUACUUGCACUUUGAUGUGCUUUUGAACUGCUAGGUUGGCAGGAGCAGGGACCGAGCAACGGGAGCUCACCCUGUCGAUUCGAACUGUCAGCUUUCUGAUCGGCAAGCCCUAGGCUCUAUGGUUUAGACCACAGCACCCCCCACGUCCCUUGUAAAACAGAAAUAGGGACUAAUGGGAGUCAGAAUUCCAUGAUGCCUAGAGAGCCACAAGUUCACCAUCCCUGGUCUAAAAAGUUUUGUACUUUGCAUGGAGGCGUUUGAUUUUUGUACAUGUGUGAGUAUUUGCAUGCAUUUAGAAAUGGAGCAGCAAACCCAGUUCAUUUCUACCGAUUUGGUUUUCAGCCAACAUGCUGCUGCAGUCAUAGCUCUGCGUUUCUCCCCAGCAGCUGGAGCAGCUCUGCUUGUGCUUUGAAUUCUCCAGCAUGGGGUUUACCGACUGGGGCAGUAAACCUGGGAACAGCAGCAGCAGCAGCAGCAGCAGCAGGAGGGGGAGGAGGAGGAAAAAAACCCAAACCAAAGGUUUACAGAUUUCUUUUCUUCACCAGGUGGAGCUCUUGCACCUUUAAGAGCAUCAGUGAGAAGAAAGAUUAUUUCUGUUCUGUCCGCUUCUGCAAGUGCCUCUUCUCCAUCCCACUGCAAUGCUGCGAUGGUCUGCUCAGCCACAACUAUGAUCUGCAACUGGGGCUCCCUUACUUUGUGUGUGUGUGCAGUACAGGGAUCAUGGUGGUGAUUAUGAUCUCAGCUACAAUUUCAGGUGGGCAGGGUGUCUACAGGAUGAGACAACUAGAGUAAUCUUUGAAGGUUAUCAGAUUGUUCUUCUCCAGGGAGAAAUCUGGAAACCUGGCCAAAUCACUCCUCCAGCCGCUUUUGGCUUUGCUUCAGAAUAGAUGGUUGCCAAAAUGCACAGUGAUAAGAGAAACUUGAGAUGCCCUUUGAGAUCUCUUUAGCCAGAGCAUUGAAUGUCUCAGCCCCUGUCCAGUGCUGCUUACUCGCAAAAUGCAAAAUAACCACAUUAAGUCGAUCCGUUUACAGCAUGACUGCUGCUGGAUGGUUGGAAAGAGACAAUUGAAGGGUGGCUGGUGUGUUAGUUUGUUCCUUACCGCUACUGUCAUCUGCAGGCGAUAGUAGCACACAGAAAACCCCAGCAUCCCCCCAGCUGCAGUAUCUCUGUAGAGCUUUGUCUCUUCCUAGAAUCCUACUGGUCCUGCUUGGCUUUAUUUCUGGAGCAGCAAGACAGUGGAAAAUUGAAUCUGAAUCCCUAUGGAUUCGUUUCUCCUAUACUAGCUGCCAUGGAGCCAAGACUAACUGAGAUCGCAUCCUUGGCUGCAGCAGUUCCAAUUAACACAGCCCUGCUUGCUUUAGCAAUUACCUGCCGAUGGCUCACAGCCCGCAUCCAGAUGGAGAUCAGCUGGCAGAGUUUUAAACAGGCAGGCUGAGGAGUUUGACUAACAACCAAUCCUCUGAGGCAACUGUCUGUGGCACAGUGUUGAUCUGGAGAAAGCUCUUUUCCAGACUGCACAUGCCUGAGGUAACCACACAGUACAUGCAGCCCCUCAAAAUUACGGCAACAUGCUCCAUGUUUUUGCCUUUUAGAGAAGCAGAUAUUCUCCUGCAUAUAUGGAAAGUUGCUUUGAUAUGGCCAAGUAUUUCUGCAGAGGCUCAAAUGACACAUAAACUAAAGUACUCCAAUUCUUUUCUGUAUGGUUUUUUUUAAAAAAAUAAACACAAAUAGGCUGAAACAGGCUGCCUCUGACCAGAAGACGCAAAUAUAGGACAUGUUCACUCUGAUUUGUUAGCACAGAGAUUGCUUAACCCAUUCCCCUUCAGUCCUCUUCCAGUUCAAAAUCACCCUCCCCAAGCUGCUUUUUCACAUGCAAGGGAAAAGGAUAUGGGAUCCUCAUAUCUUUGUUUCUGGAAGUGAAAAAUAAGUUUAGGAGGGUGAUUUUGAGCAGGGAAAUGACAAGAGGGGGCAAAAAAAAAAAAGAAGAGAAAAAAAGAGCCAUGUAGCAUUCCCUCGUGUGUUUUUCUGUUCAGACAAGCCUGCUGGAGGCUGCUUUGGAUUUAAACAAGUUUCCUUUAACAUGUCAAAACUGGGGCUGUAUGAUCUGAACUGAGUAAAAGGGGCAUGCUAUAAAUGACGCUUAGUUGAAUGCAGAAUGUGCUCUGUUCUUUAAAAAAAAUACUGCUGUAGACUUUGAGGUGACCAAAAGGUAGAUUGGGAUUUACCAUAGAUCUCUGGGUGAUUUGAAGUAGAGCGGCAAAAAUUUCAGAGUCCUAAAUAUUGAAUGAUGACAACAAUUAAAUGCCCCCCCUCCCAUUACACUUCUUGCAUGAAGAAAGUGUUGUUUGUGUCUUUUCAAGCGGUGUCACCAGGAAUGGAUUUCUCUGAGCUCCAUUCAGUUUGGGCACUUUCAGAAUUGUUUAAUUCUAAGUUUCUGUCUCCUGCACCUGACAGUGGUUCCUGGCUCUCUGGAUUCUACUAAGAAACAAAGUAGAUCCCACAAGUCUGUCCUCGCCUUGUAAAGAGGUCACAGUCUAAAUCAGAAGAUCCAAGAGGGUAGAGUGGCUUCUUAACAAUAUCUUCUCCAGAUGUUUUCUCACUAAGAUUGCCCUCCAAAAUGCCCUUUCCCCACAUAGGGCCUGGUAUCAUUUCUCACAUAUGAAGGUGGAGAGAGACAAAAGUGGAGAGAGACAGCAUGGGUGUGUGAGAAGUUUUUAGUGGAAACUGUGCCCCACUGAAAGAGGAAAGGGUUAAGACGUUCCUCCUCCAUGUUAGCGUAAUGUGAACAAUGAGCUGAAUUGCACAGUGCUUGGUCUCAUGUCUUGAGGAGCACAUCCCUCACAUCCAGAUGUUCUGAGAUAAGGGUGCCAGGUGCUUGGGUUACCAUAGCAACACCAGUGAGGUUGAGUGUAUGACUUGCUGAGUCAUUCACCCUCUCAUUGGUUCAGGAAAUAGGCCUACAUGUGGAGAUGGGUAUAAUAGUCUUGUCAGUGCUGGUGUCCUCCUUCAGCAGCCAGCCACUCCUUGCAGUCUUCUCCCACCACCAAAACCCUGGCCCUGGUGCCUCCCACCACUCCUCUUUGUUCAGCCAGUCCCUGACAAUUCUCUGGGGCAUUUCCUUUCAUUAGGUCCUGUCCUGUUGCACGUACUCUUUGCUGUCAGGAUCUGACUUUGAAUCUGUGUGAGAUAGGGGAAGAGGCUGUGGGUUUUAAACAGCAACAUUGACUAGCAUUGUGAUAGUUAGUUGGUCUUUCUGUACAUAUGUAUCUUUACUUCAAAGACCAGAAGAACUGUAUAUAGUAAAUCAGUGGUUCCCAACUUGUGCUCCAGUGGGGUCUGCAUAACCCACCCAGAGGGUCUGUGGUACCAUUUGCAUAACAAAAACUACUAUAGAGAUAUACUGUAUAUAUAUUUUCAAAAGUAAAGGGUCCAUGGCUUGGCUUUUGGAAAACAGGCAAUCCACAGUACUUAGCUAAUUGGGAACUACUGUUGUAGAUAGUAGUGUUUAGCAUUGUCUUGUGUCUGGAGACAAUAUACACUUUGUUGCUUUGAACUAUGUGGGAGAGGAAUUUCCCCCCUUAACUGGGAACUCUGGAAGAAGUUGUUUUGCUCUGAAGACUCUGCUGGGGCUCCGCUUACUCUGUCGAUACAUCACUCUGGUUUAGGUGCAGUGAACUACCAACUAACUGGCUUCCACAAGUCACCAACACUUCAUUCCAUCCAGAUCUUGUGCUUUAGAUUGUAGUCUCCAUGGCUGCAUUUUGUAAAUGAAGAAGAGUCAGGCACAAACAGCAUACAGUGGUACCUCGGGUUAAGUACUUAAUUCGUUCCAGAGGUCCGUACUUAACCUGAAACUGUUCUUAAUCUGAGGUACCCCUUUAUCUAAUGGGGGCCUCCUGCUGCUGCUGCGCUGCCGGAGCAAGAUUUCUGUUCUCAUCCUGAAGCAAAGUUCUUAACCUGAAGCACUAUUUCUGGGUUAGCGGAGUCGGUAACCUGAAGCAUAUGUAACCUGAAGCAUAUGUAACCUGAGGUACCACUGUAUAACAGACAGCCUCGUGCAGUGCUUUUUUCCUGGGGGGAUGCAGGGGGACGCAUGCCCCUCAACAUUUUGUGAAUCUUUGUACUUUUGUCAAUUUGUUGUAUUUAUUUCCCCUGAUUUGAACUAUAAAAUGGUGAUUUUCUUGAGUCAAAAUGAGAGUACCCCUAAACAUUUUUUUUUUUUAGAAAAAAAGCACUGGCCACGUGAAGUUGUCCCCUGUGGCUGUACCAUGCCUGACCCCCACAAAAAUUGGCUGUGUCUGGAAGCAGGAGGCCUAGACCCAGAAAUGGGGCAGGGGGCCCUAUAUAGAAAAGGUGCUAAAACACAUUUGUUCUGCAGUCAUAUCAAUUUUCCAGCGACACGUGCGGCAUCUGCAAAGGGUGAGAACAAUAUUGAUGUAAGUGCCUGGUUUGUGCAUUGAAUAGGUCAUAGGCAGAUGAUAGCACUAAUCAAAUAUUAGCGUAAUUAAACAACAGAUGAUAAGUUCUCCUUGCUGCACUAGAAAAAUCACACCCCAGAAGGGAAAAUAAUCGCUUGGCAGACCAACAAUAUUGGUUCUGAAUGACCUACAUGCCCUCUAGUGAAAGUCCUAGGCAUUUCCAAGCAUUAACACAGAACAAGAAUAUAAUCCCUUAGAACAUACUCCCUUAGGGGUAGAGCUAAAUUUAUGCCCUGCUAACCAGUGCUGGUUGCUUGUAAAGGUGGAACUAUAUGCUAUGAUAUACCGUACUCCCCCCCCGAAAAGUCCCAUGAUUCUUUUCAUUAAGGGGUCUCUUGCAUCAGGGAAAGCAGCUGCAGUUCCUGUUCAAAGCACUAGUGAGGGGAGGAUGGGGGCCCUGUUUAACCCUUUAUUUCCCAUGCAUAUGUCAAGACCUUCUCUUCCACAGCUGCUUUUUUCCUCUCCAAAUAAAUACAAAGAUAAUGGGACUGGUAUCAGGGGCAUCUGCAGGAUAUUUGUCUGGAGUAGGGACAGAGGAAGGUGAAGCUGCUGCCUGCACCUCCAGCAACAGCUCUGGAUCAAGUAACCUCUCCAAAUGCAUCCUUUAUGGAGAAAUAAGCACUCUUUCGUUCCAUUCCGAAGCAUGCUGCUUACAUUUCCAGCAGCGACAAAGCCUUGUGGUGUAUAACAUCGCUUUAGACGGCUGCACCUGUCAUCUCCUCAGGGAAGGAGCCUCACCUCGCAGUCUGCAGGGCAAUCCUGGCAGACUUUUGUGUCUAUGAAACUGCUGAGCACAUGGCAAAACAAGAGACAACUUGUUUGCCUGUCUCUGCAAUGGCAGAGUUGCAGAAGGAAGAGCAACGAUCAGAAGCAUCUGGGCCGAUUUUUGUCAGCCCACCAGAUGCCUUUGCGCCUGACUCACCAACUGUGCUAGCUUAGGGAUUUCUUUCACGAAUGAAAGAUGUUGAAAGAAUUCCAGGUGGUGCAGCAAAGCAAGGGGUUCAGGGGUUCAGGAGGAGGUGCUUUUUCCACUGGCUCAGCCAGCUGUUUCUAUUACUCAAACUUCCUGAUGAUUUUUGGAACCUAGAAAGAUCUCCUGAUACUUAUAAGAGCUGUAAUCCCAUGUCCAUGCUAAAAAGGACAGGGAGGCAAAUCAUUCUACCAGCAGAUGAUAUUUACAAGAAAUAUAGCGUGAUAAAUUGGAAAGAGGGAAGGAAUUUCAGGCGCGACAGGAAUUUCACUGGAAAUAUCAAGGUAUUGGUCCCAUCAGUCUAACACAGUGUCAUUCAAGCAGUCACCAGUCCUGUCCCACCAUUUUGCCAGAUGUGGAAUUAAAUCAUUCUUGGUUGCUCUUGAUACCAAACCGUAUAACUUUUUAUCCGGAGAUGCUUGGAGAUUGAAUCCUGAUGUCAUCUUAUAACCCAAGGAUGUGUACCAGAAAACUGGUGGGCAGCAUUAUUAAAGAUAUAAUUACCAAGCAUAUAGAAAGAUAAGUCUCGCUGAAGAAGAACAAUCAUGGCUUCUGCAAGGUAAGACCAGUCCACCCCCUCCUCAUGUUCCACUGCGGAACCAUCUACACUACGGAAGUAAAACUGAAUUUACUACUGCUGCUCUAAUGCUAAACACAGGGAUGCAAUUUCAGUUUAUUAUGCUUAUUAUAAUUUAUUUAUUUAUAAUCUGCCUUUUUCCCUGACAGGACUCAAGGCAGCUUACUGAUAAAAAUAAGAACUGCUAAAAACAGAGAAAAUGACUAGGAAAAAAACAAUUAACCAUCGAUAGAAUUAAAACGCUAUGCAUAUAUAAAAUCUAUGAAAUCUUAUCAAAUAAUCACAAUAAAAACAGCAUAGCACCAACCCUUUCAUUAAAAACAGUCAGUUCCCAAUAGCCUGUUGUAACAAAAAGUAUUUGAUUUCCGGCUGGUGAGUAAAAGAAAACAUGUCACCUGAUGUAAUAGUAUCGUCAGGUGAUUGAUGGCUGGGCAAUGGGGAUCAGGAGAUCUGAGGAUCUGACCUGCUGGCUGCAAAAUUCUCCACCCCUGGUCUAAGUCAAUGGAUGAGUGGGAGAACACCAAGCGGGGGAAAAAUAAUCCUGCUAUUUCACUAGAAAGAGCUGCCACCUAUGGCAGCAGUGCUAUGAAAGCAGAGAUCCUUACAAGCUUGGGAAUGUCCCUUGGUCUGCUCCUUGGGCAGACUGCUGAGCAGGCAGGUUGUGUCUGACAAACUGGCGCUGGCACCAGACUGAUAUCCUUCUUGUUCUUGAUAAGGAUCUGAAGCCUCCUUUGGGUUUCACAAGCAAUUCUUUUAUCCUUCCUGAUUGUGCCUUCCAAGCAGUGGAGAGUCCCUGGAGAAACAUCAAUCCUGGGGCUGCAGGCUCUCUUGGCUGCUAUUGACAGAGAUGAUGGAAAAGCUACAGGAGCAGCUGUCAUUUCUUCCUGUUUGUGUUUUGUUCUUGGGCUAUCAGCAGGACAUUUUCCGCCAGACGCUCAUCACUCUUCUGAAGUAGAGCUUGGUGCUGUCUUUCUGCCUGCUGAGAAGCAGGCUGGCCUAGAACCUCCUUCUGCAGAAGACUCCCACUACCUUAUCUUGGAUGAAGCUCUAUCAGUUAGGAUUUGCGGCCCAGAGUAUCCUACCUUGGGUUGCCGGCCCUGCCAUUGAACAGACUGAGGCAACCACCUCAGGCUUUCGGUGCCUUUUGACUGGACUUAACCGUCCAGGGGUCCUUUACCAUUUACCUUACCAGCUCCAGAUUCUUCUGAUUAGUUUCCCAUCAAUCUGCUUUUAAAAAAUAAAUGCUUCCCUGGGUGUCUCCCUCCAUCUUGAACAGAAAUUUGGCAUGAAAGAUCACUGAGCUGGGAGUUUACCUCUUUAUUUAAAGUAGUUAUUAACUUCAUUGUGAAUAGCAAUCUCAGAGUGGGUUACAUAAAAAAUUAAAAUACAACAAAUAUAUUAAGAAGAGAAGAGGAAUAGAUAUAUCACAUCACUCCCAAACCACAAAAAAAAGAAAAAAGAAAAAGACACCAGACAGGAAUCCUUAUCCACUAAUGACUGAGCAAGUAAGUGCAUCUUCACCUCAUAAGAAUUAGUGCCAACCAUAUGUUAGAAGACAGGGAAUUCAAUACUUGAGGUGCCAUGGCUGAAAAAACCUUCACACGUAUCACGUAGUAUAUUUCAGAUGGUCGCUGCACCACCAGAAGGGUCUUCCCAACAUAUUUUAAGGUGCAGGGAGGUCUGUAUUGCAACAGGUGGUCCUUCAAGUAACCAGGUCCAGAGUUGUAUAGGGCUUUAUGAGUCUGCAUUUGUGAUUCAGAAAAUUCAGAACUGAGCUUGGAAGCCACUGCAAUCUUUUCAAAAUGGGUGUCAAUGUGUUCCUGAUAGGCUGCACCAACAUGCAGCCUUGCUGCUGCAGUUGCACAAGUUGCAGCUUCCAAACCAGUUUCAAGGGCAGCCCCACACAAAGCUCAUUACAGUUGGAGAAAAGGUACUUCAAGGAAGAUGUACAAAUCCAUAUGCUUCCUCCCAACCCCACAGCAGCAGUCAUUCUUUUGGGCUGUUUUGAUCCUACUUCAUACCCUGCAAGUAUGCUGGGUAAAAACAGGACAUCCCAUUUUCUUGUGCAAGGCAUGGCAGCCUCCCUACCAGUGUGCCUUUGGGGCUCUGUGAUCUCGCACCGGUCAUGUGACUCACGUGGGAGCAUGGGCGGGAAGACUUUGUGUCCUGGUUUGGGGACUCAAGAUGUUGGCGGGUAUACUACUUGUGGCUGGUCUGUUUGGAUGACAAACUGUGUGUCUCCUGUGGUGCAAUGGGUCCAUGUGUUUGGCUGUUAACCAGAAGGCUGGUGGUUCAAGCCCAUGCAGGGACAGCUGUGGGCUGAAUUCCUGCAUUGCAGGGGGUUGGAUGAGAUGACCCUUGGGGUCCCUUCCAACUCUACAAUUCAAGGAUACUAUGAAUCCCAGUGCUCCUUGCUGGUAUCAGAUGCACUCACUGGAUUAUUGUGCCUGACACAUGAAACCUAUGAUAAGAGGCCUCCUUAAAUGAGGGGUAAGGAACCUGUGGCCUUCUAAAUGCUGAUGGGCUACAACUCCCACCAUUCCUGACCACUGGCCAUUGCUUAAUGCCUUCUGUUUGCUUCUGUUUUGGAAUAGAUGCUUGGCUUCACAGAGCACCUGAAGGUGGAUGGGCCUGAUGGGGUGGUGGUGGUGGGAAGACCUCAGGUUGGCAAAAGUGAUGGUUUUUAAUCAGCAGGUGAACUUAAGCGCGAACUGAUGUGCCAGCUCUCGAGUCUGUGCAGCUGAAUUGAGAUGCAUAUUCUGUGGCAUGUUUGUGUGUUUAAUUCCCUCUUUGAAUUUUACAGGGAAAUCCUAGGCGCUGGGCCAGAGCAUGUCUCCAGAAUGUGAAAUAUUCUGCAGAGUUGAUCCCGUGAGCUUGAAUAUAGUGAUGGUUCUCACAUUGUUUAAAACUGUAGCAAAUGUGUACGCAUUAGGCUCUAUGCAUUUUUGUGUAAUUUGUAUUGGAUUCUGAGACUGAAAUCAUAUACAAUUAACCAG